CUUGGGAAAAAGGCACCUGGGCAAGUUUGAGAAGCCACCACCUGAACGGAUAACAUUGGGAUUUCAUGGAUUUUCAUUCACAAAAAAUUUAACAAUCUUUAGUCUUUAGUUCUUACCUAAUUCUUCCCUUUUUUAUUUUAUUUACCUCAGUGUCCCAAAACCUACUAGGUUACCUACUUUAUUAUCCAUUAUCCCCUACCUACAUACUAUAUAACCUCAUUGUUGUCUAUUCUUUGUUCCUAGGAUUUCAUUUAUCCAACAUACACAACUGCCGAAAGCAUCUACUUAUAGCACUGCCUGUCCCACGUGUUUCUCUUGUUAUUAACCACGUUAAAUACAAUACGUCGUAUAUAAUAUAACGCCUCCAAAACCCUCGGAAGACGUACCGCAAAACGCAUCGUACCACCAUCAUCUCCAUGCGCCCCUAAGCCGUGUUCUUGAUAAUUCGAGGGAGGGAAGGGCUACUGUAGGCACAAGGCGACGACGUGCUGCACGAUUUGAAACAAUCGAGCCCACCAUGGAGGUCACUACAAUCGAUAAUGACACGAGGGGUUGGAUCAUGUGCUUGGUGAGCGGUAUUGCAUGUGUGAUAGGAUCAUCUAUAAUAUGCGUCGAUGUAUUCGUCCGGCUCUUUCCCGGUAAAAAGGACUUUCGAAUACAAGAUAGCAAUACCUUUCUCGCCUGCUCCCUGAGCUUGAGCUUUGGCGUUAUGAUAUUUAUGUCAUUAUUUAGCAUGUUGCCCGAAUCGAAAGACUACCUGAAAAAAGGAGGCUUCUCAGACCAGACGGCGGGCUUCACCUUGAUGGGCUGCUUCGUUGGUGGGUUCGUGGGUAUUCAAGUACUUUCAAGACUCUUUCAUCGGUUAAUACCGUCACAUGUUGUCGACUGCGACCAUAGUCAUGACGAAAAUGCCCUAGAUAGCCAUCCCCAUACAAAUGUUCCUAGCCGAAGGCCGUCGUCUUAUGCUCGAAGCAUAACUAGACGCCGUCCCUCUCUUCAUGCUCAUUUCAACGUGCCGAAACGCCAUGUAGUUGAUAAUGGGCAUGCUGGUGAAACUACGCCCUUGCUUCAUACGGAUACUCCGAAUGAGUCUUGUCGCACUCGGCCGCUGAAAAGAGCAGAGACUGGUCCCACCGGCUCAAUUUCUCCUGCUAUGUUGCGUGGUCCUCGCAGCCGGGCCGCGACUUCAGAACGACGACCCUCGAUGCUACAAAAACGGGUCAUGUCUUUUGUAAAAGAUACCAAACCUAACUGCGAUGAAUCCGGCCCAUGCUAUGGGUACUCGGACCCAUGCGGCCAAGAAUGCUUCAAGCAUCUUAGCAGUCGAUCCGGUCCUCUAUCCCGAGCGCCCACUACUCUAGUCCGUACUACAGCCACAGGACAGCCCGAGACGUACAUUGAUACGGUGAAUGAGGACGGCGACCACAACAAUUCGUCGCCGGUAAGCCCCACGCAUCGUUUGAGUCGCACUCACUCACACGGUUCCCACUAUGACCACGAAGAGGCAUGCCAGUCUGAGAUGUCGGAGGAUGUAGAGGCUCAACAUCAUCACCACGUGGCCGAAAAUGCCUUUUUAUCUAUCGGCCUUCAGACUUCUGUUGCCAUUGCAUUACAUAAAUUUCCUGAAGGCUUCAUCACCUACGCCACGAAUCAUGCGAACCCUUCUCUUGGAUUCAAUGUCUUCCUGGCGUUAUUUGUUCAUAACAUCUCGGAAGGGUUCGCUCUAGCAUUGCCGUUGUAUAUGGCACUAAAUAGCAGAUUUCGUGCCAUGCUAUGGUCUUCAAUUUUGGGCGGCCUAAGUCAACCUCUUGGGGCUGGCAUCGCGGUGUUGUGGUUCAAACUUGCUCAGCACACCCAUAUCACCCCAGACGCAGCAGCUUACGGGUGCCUAUUCGCUAUCACAGCAGGCAUCAUGGCUAGCGUGGCCCUACAGUUAUUUGUCGAGAGUUUGAGUCUGAAUCACAACCAGAACUUGAGCAUUCUAUUCGCAUUCUUGGGCAUGACACUGCUGGGGGUGAGCAAUGCUUUCACGGCACACGCACAUUAAUUGCCACGGAGUCAAAGAGCCAGUGAUAAUAUCGGAGAGAUCAUGGAUGUGAUUUGUAUAUUUUUCAACUAUGGCAUCUUUAUGAAGCAACGGAACAUAAAUUAGGCGAGGUGUUAAUUGGCUUGCAUUACGGUACGGCGUCUUCGAGAUGGCGCUUCUUCAUUUUGGGCUCGGGAUACGGGAUACUGGAUACGAGUUGAGCUUCUAGGGUACUGGCAGGCAAUUUGAUCGCGUUUACACGCGCCUACGGAACAGCAUGCUAAGUAGGUAUGGAACUAGGCAUGAGCUCAGGUACACAUGGAUGUAGUAACAUAUCAUAUCAUAGCGUACAUAAGAUUCUUCUCUCGGGCUCG